AUGGUCUCCAAGCGUGACAGAGAACUACUCAGGGAUAAUAUUCGCUCCCGGGGGCCCAAGCUGAGUGCUACUGAUCGGGAGAAUAUCGUGAAGCCAUACCUUCCAGACCCCUCUGAGCUUCCGCGGUGGCCACCACAGCGACGCAAGAAACUCCCUCGAAAGACACCGAUUCGUACAUUCAUCAAAUCGCAAAUACAUCUCAUUACCUACACCUUCCUUCACAUCUUCUUUGGCAUUGCGGUUCGACUUGUUCAGACCUACCAUGCCGUUGUGGAUCGAAUCUUGGCGAUCAUUUACUAUCACCACCGAACACCAGAAUUGAUCCAGAAAGAUGUCAAAGACCUUGAUCGCUUGCCGGAGCAUCUAAGCGUAAUCCUAUCUAUCCGGAAAGAGGAUGACGCUCUGCCGCUUUUGAUGGAUGAAGUCGCAGAACUUGUAUCUUGGACUGCUAGUGCUGGCAUACCAGUGUUGAGUGUAUAUGAAAAGAGUGGUACUCUGAAAUCCUGUAUUCCUGUGCUACACGAAGUCAUCACAAACAAGCUGUCAUCUUACUUCGGCUCCUCGCAGCAGCCCACACUUCAAUUAUUUGCUCCUCAUCACCCCAUCUACGAAACCCGGCCACAUGGAGACGCCCCGAAUAACUGUCUUAUCGUGCUUCUGUUGUCAGCGACAGACGGCCAGGAGACCUUUGUUGACUUGACAAAAACGCUAGCAGAGAUGUCCCAGAAUGGAAAGCUUUCGCCCGAGGAUAUCACUAUGGAGUUAGUCGAUGCAGAAAUCAGCGAGAUCACUACCCAGCCAUUCCAGGAGGAUUCACUGGCUGCUGAACGUGGCAAAGCUGGUUCUAUCCAAAUUCCUCCGCAAGUCAAGCCAGAGCCAGACCUCCUUCUUAUUUUCGGUCCAUCUCUAAAGCUUAACGGGUAUCCGCCAUGGCAUAUACGCUUAACUGAGAUGUACUGUACGGGCGUCAACGGUGAUGGGACUACAGGCUGCAGUGAUAAUGUAGAGUACCAAGGGUUCCUCAGAGGUCUGUGGCACUAUGCCGGCGCUCAAAUGAGGUUUGGGCGAUGA